AUGUCGCAAUUACAAUCACAACCUAAGAAAAUCGCCGUAGUCACGGGCGCCUCGGCUGGUAUUGGGUAUGAGGUGACGAAGGAAUUGGCCAAGAAUGGGUAUAUGGUUUAUGCAUGUGCAAGGAGAUUAGAACCAAUGGAACAGUUGACUUUUCAAUUUGGUAACGACAGUGUUAAACCAUACAAAUUGGAUAUUUCUGAGCCAGAAGAAAUUGUAAAGUUUGCUGGCUUUUUGAGAACUACAUUGCCUAAUGGUAAAUUGGAUUUAUUGUACAACAAUGCCGGUCAGAGUUGUACUUUUGCCGCAUUGGACGCAACAGAUGCUGUAAUAGAGCAGUGUUUUAAGGUUAACGUGUUUGGGCACAUCAAUAUGUGUCGUGAACUGUCUAUAUUUCUUGUGAAUGCAAGAGGAACCAUUGUUUUCACUGGUUCUCUAGCCGGUGUAGUAUCAUUUCCCUUUGGUAGUAUUUACUCUGCCUCUAAAGCUGCAAUUCAUCAAUAUGCUCGCGGGUUGCAUCUAGAAAUGAAACCUUUUGGCGUGAGGGUCAUCAACGCCAUCACGGGUGGCGUGGCUACCGACAUUGCCGACAAGAGGCCCUUGCCUGAAACCUCAAUUUACAACUUUCCUGAAGGUAGGGACGCCUUUAAUUCGAGGAAAACCAUGGCCAAGGAUAACAAGCCUAUGCCAGCUGACGCGUACGCAAAACAACUGGUUCAAGAUAUCUUGAGUACUAGGGACCCCGUUGAUGUAUACAGGGGAACAUUUGCCAAUAUCAUGCGUUUUGUCAUGAUAUUUGUUCCUUACUGGUUAUUGGAGAAAGGGCUUUCCAAGAAGUUCAAAUUGGACAAGGUCAACAAUGCUUUGAAAUCAAAACAGAAGAAUAAGGGCGAUUAG